UGGAGAAUGGAGGAUUUGAAUACUUUGGGGUGGGUUUUGAGGCUCCGGGUAUUGGGGAGAGAAAAGCAGAUGGUGGAAUAUGGGAUGGAAGCUUCCAAGGCAUUAGCUUGCUGGUUGAACGCUUCGAAACUGAUCCGGGAGGUCAAGAUGAAGAUGCCUUUCUUCAUGCGUGGGAAUGGGGCGGCGAUCCAAUGGAACUGGAAAUAUCGGAGGAAGGAGCUCAGGUGCCGAUAGGAGCACCAUCCACCUCCACGAUACCAUCGCCGAGUUCGACAAGCUAUGAUAUGAAUCCUUCAAAGAGUCAUGACACAGAGAGCAGCCAAGAGCUAGCAAGUCCUGCUUUGAAAGCAACUCCCUCAGGCGACAAGUGGCUUUGCGAGUUUACCAACUGCGGUAAAUGUUUCUCGCAUCGUCACAAACUCAACCGCCAUCGGAAGUAUCACCUAAAGCCUUAUCGCUGCCUUGAUCCAUCAUGUUCCACUCGGGGCAUAGCAUUCUCACUGAACAAGGACCUUGCCCGCCAUCACAGCCAGCAUAGCGGGCAGCGUUUGUAUUGCCCACAUAGGGGCUGCAGUUAUGCUUUCGGCGGCGGAGAGAACGGCUUCUCCAGGAAGGACAACCUGAAGAGGCAUAUCAAGACUCGGCAUUGAUGAACCCGUCGCAGAAGACUGGUUAUGAACAGGAGGAAGAGGAGGGUUGCUCUCAAGAUCCUUUGACAGUGAAUCAGCGAUCCGGUGCCCUUCACACGUCACACUUGUUUUUAUGUACAACAUUUCACGCCAUCCGGCGCUAUGAGUCCAAUCC